GGCGAAGGACUAUCUUUCGGUUCUGGCUCUCGCGGGGCUGCUUUACGAAGAUGGCGGCCGAACUGGUGGAAGCAAUGAACAUGGUAAAGAAUUUUCGGGUGUCUGACCUGCAGACGCUGCUGGCCUCCAUGGGCCGCAGUAAAAGUGGUCUGAAGCAGGACCUGGUGGGACGGGCGCUGAGGCUGGUGCAAACAGAGUGCAGCCCAGAGCUACUGAAGAAUGUGCGGCAGCUCUAUGAGUCACGCUUCCCCAAGGCUUCGGGUUGGCUGGCUGCCCGGCGCCCGGAGGUGGUCCCGGUGGCCUACUCCUCCCUCAGCUCCUCGCCCACGGGCACACAGGGCGCAGACUACCUCAACGGCAUCCCCAAGCUGUCCUCCACACCUGCAGCUGAGGUCAAGCUGGUGUCACUGCCCUUCUACCAAACUCUGGAGACACUGUUGCCGCCAACGGAGCUGAUUGCCCAGAACAGUGAGAAACUGCAGGACAGUCAAUGCGUAUUUGAGUUAACACAGAGCCAAGCGGACCAAGUCAGAAACUCAACUGAGCUUCGACCAGGAAUGAAGGCAAUCCAGGUGGUCCUUAGAAUCUGUUACACAGACUCCAUUGGUGUCCAGGAAGAUCAGUACCCUCCCAAUAUUGCUGUCAAAGUCAACCAGUCUUACUGUCAUGUACCAGGUUACUACCCUUCUAAUAAGCCAGGUGUGGAGCCGCGUCGGCCCUGUCGCCCAGUCAACAUCACACCCUGGUUACAGCUCUCCACUGCCACCAACCGGGUCACCGUCACAUGGGGCAAAUUUGGGAAGCGCUACUCGGUGGCAGUGUAUUUAGUGAGGGUCUUCACAUCAGCAGAGCUCUUCAGCCAACUCAAACACUGCUCAGUGGAGAGUGCAGAACGCUGUCGUGAACGCAUCCAGGACAAGCUACGCUUUGAUCCAGAGAGCGAGAUCGCUACCACAGGGCUACGGGUGUCCCUCAUCUGUCCUCUGGUGAAGAUGCGGAUAGGCGUGCCGUGUCGGGUGCUCACCUGUGCCCACCUGCAGUGUUUUGACGCCAUCUUCUUCCUGCAAAUGAAUGAGAAGAAGCCCACGUGGACCUGCCCUGUGUGUGACAAACAGGCUCCCUUUGAGCUGCUCACCAUCGAUGGGCUGGCAUCUGAGAUCUUAAAAGAGACCCAUGAGGAUAUCGAGGAGAUUGAAUAUCUGACUGACGGUUCAUGGAGACCCAUCCGAGAUGAGAAGGAGAGGGACGGGGAGAGGGAACGGAGCAACACGCCUGACUACCCUGUUCUGGAUAUAUGUGUUCCUGAGGCGAAUGGCCACUCCCCGGCCCACAGCAGCACCAGCCAAACGGGGAAGUCAGGAGCUGGGUCCACGGCGGGGGGGGCGGGAGGAGGAGUGGUGGUUGAUCUGACUCUGGACUCUGAGGAGGAGGAGGAGGAGGAGGAGGAGGGGGGGAGGGGCUGGAGGAGACAGCGACGACACUGAGGACAGCCAGGACAGCCCCGCCCCCAAGAGGGGCCGAUAUGACUAUGACAAGGACCUGGUCACUGCCUACUGACUGGCGGACUGACCCCACAGACUGGGAAAGAGGGUUGGGCUGGAUUGGAGGACAGGAAAUCAUUAGUCCCUACUACAUCCCCCGCCCGCCCUCUCUACUCUGGCAUAUAUUCACACAGACACAUACUGUCAACCUCUGGAGUGGUUAGGCUUCCUCAAUACACCACUGGGGAAAAAAACAGCUCCCUAACAAUUGUGGCCCUCCCCCUCCCAGCAUUCAAAUCCUGUAUCCUCCAUCAUAAAGACAAUUGAAAAGAGUAACCUCCCAAACUAUUCCUCCCCCCUCCAUCUUGUACUUUGUAUUUGACUUGAACUUAAGGCUCUCAAAGCCACAAGCAUUUGGUGUUUGCGUCUCAGAAUUUUGCCACUUUCUGUGAUCGCAGGAAGUGGGAGAUAUGGAGCCUCCUCCGUAUUUCAGUGGUAAGAGUUCAAAAUAACUUAUAUGAAGAAUUUGGGACACGAGCCACAGACUAGAUUUUUCUGGAAUAUGAUGGAAUUGAACAACACCCCUACUUUUUCUUUCUGUUUAAUUUAUUCAGACAAUGAAGACAAAAAAAUUGCUCUAACAGUGUUUAAAAAUGAGUUGUUUUUUUAAGUCCGAUUUGAAAAUCCCUAAAAACCUUUGGUUUGAUACUACCCCCAUUUUUAUUUUGUCUUUAGAUGCUGACAAACCUACCUCAGUCAUACACAGCAAACUUACUUGACCAGAGAGAGUAGCACCUGAACUAAGGUUGCUAUAGUAUUUUAACAAGAGGGUCUACUUUUGUAUUAUUUUCUUUCGCUCACUCGCCUCACUUUUCCAAACAGUUUAUGUAUGGCCUUUCUAAGGAAAGGGUUCUGGGAAGCAGGGUCGUGUUCAUUAAGGCAGACUUAGCAAAACAUUUUUUUAAUGGUUUGUAACGGAAAAUGAGCAUUUCUUAUUGGACAAGUACAGUUGGUGCCUCCCUGUUUAACUCCAUUAGGGCAUUUUUGUUCCGAUUUGUGCCUACUGAAUACGACCCAGGAAUGCUGUAUCUUUGACAAGUUCUUGUAUGUACUCCCCACUGCAUGGAAAUCUAUGAUUUUAUUUGUUGGCUGAAUUUUUUAUUUUUUUAUUUUUUAUUUUUUCACCUGUAUGAAUUCAUAUGACAAGCAAUUGUCUUUGUGGCGCAUUUGCAAAAACAAGCAGUUAUCAUUUGAGGUUUUGGAACAUACUCUUUUCAGAUUCUUCCCAAUGUUCUGUUUUGCCAGUGUUGUUCAUAUUGAUCAAGGAAACAAAUGCAGGAUGGAUUCUUUUCACUUGCCUAUUUAAUGUCAGUUUUCAACAGUUGGAUAGUCUAAAGACUGACUACUGCUCCAUUCAAUCUUCCCCUGAUAUCCUGAGAGCUUUGCAGGAUUUUGAACUGGACUAGAGUUUUUCUUUUUGUUUUAAGUUUGCUGAGAAUUUUUUACUGAACAAGGCUCUAACUAAAAUAAUGAUCAUGUCACAAAUAUUAGUAUCCACACAAAACUGGUCAAAACCAUGUUGAGGCAAUUGUGCCAAAGCAGAUUUGGGUCAGUUAUCGCUUGUUGUUAUGUCUGAGUUGGGUGCCUUUUUGUUUUGAGUUAAGAUUGGUGGAGGCUGGAGCCCACAGUUGUUUGGCUAGUUGAGCUGGUCUACACAGGAAGGCCCAGUAAGUAAAUACAUUAUUUGAGACCGUCAUUAACUUUUUUCUUUUCCCUGGAGUGGAGGACUUGAAGAGGGAUGUAUCUUCAGAUGUGGGAUGGGAUUAAUUUGUGAGUGUCGACAUCCUUUUUGACUUAAUUUUCUUCGUCUUAAGUAUUUUAUUUAUUGCUAAUUGAUUGCUUCACAUCUUUGUUUUAUUUGAAUGGCAGUUUGUAUUAAAAUGUACAUAUGUGGCAAUGGAGAGAGUGCUUUACCAGAGCCAUUUAUAUAUGGCUCUUAUCUGUACAUGUUUCCAGUAAGGGAUAGCAGAACACUUACGAAGCUUGGACUUUUUGUGGCAGAUUGAAUGAUUGAGGCUCAAAGCACUGCCAUUGUUAGACAGGUUCCAUUCCUUUUCCUCUGAGUAAACUUAGCAGUUCUAACCAA